CAGACAUAUUAUAUGAUACCUCUUUCGAUUCCUCUCUAUGUCCCCCGCCGUGUCGACACCAUCACCCUCGGGCAGCCCGUGUUGGCCAACCGCAUCAAGAGGGCCAUGCAGCACUUCGUCAAGUGCGCAGCCACCAAGACGGCCGGCAAUCAGGAGGUCAUCGGCCCCAUGGCCAAUGUGGGCGGCCGGGUGGUGCGGGUGCCCCUCCAGUGCUUCGCCAUCAGAGAGGGGACGAGUGUGCGCCGGUUGGGUCUGCGUGAGGUGGUGCACAGGGCUCGGCUGGACGAGGCGGCCCGGUAUGGGCUGACUGGUGUGGUCAAGGGCUUCAAGAGCCACCUAGGGAAUGACGACUGUCAGCUCGGUUGGGGUCAGUUGGGGUGGGUCAAUGAGAUCGGCCUAUUCCAGCCGCUGGGCAUCAACUAGCCGGCCGAGGGCACCAUCAUGGUGUAGCAGACAGGGAGAGUGAGAGAAAGAGAGGGGAGGGAUGGGAUGGGAUGCAUAGGCAGGUGAUGCCUAUCGCUGUUUACAGUAGUGCUGCCAUGCGUAGGUAGAGUGAGUGUGACGGUCUCAGAGAGGCCAGGCCGUGUGUGCAUGUCUACUAUGUGAUUAGUCAGUAUGUGUGUUCAGUCAGUCAGUCAGUCAGCCGAUGCCAUGCGGCGCACUCACUGUCAUGGCAUGUGACUGUAGUUUAGUAGCUCCCCACCCGCUCGUGCGUGUUUCUGACACGAGUGCUGUGUGGUGUGACAUGUCUCUGCG